AUGGUGAAAAGCGCCAAGAAGACUGGGACGCAAGAUGUCGAUGCUAUAAUGAAAAUGAAUGGUACCAACCUUCCCUCUGAAAGACCAAAGUUUGAUAUAGAUGGCUUUAGAGCAACUAAGAGGCGACCUGCGGGGACAUCAAAUAUGUCUAGCACAGAAUUGGAGCUCUACAACAAGUUUGUAAUGCCAGCUCUAGAUGAGACCUAUGAGGAUUAUCUGGUUGGAGAAGAUAGUACUAUUGAUGUUGACUUUCUGAAACGUGGUGAAAAAGAUAUGAGAAGAUUUGCAGAAGGUCUAGCAGGAAAAUUAACUCAGGAAACUUACACUUUACUUAUGAACAACAACUUAACAAUGGAAACUGUGAUGAAAGCGAUGAACAUAUGGCCACCAAAUGCAGCCGAAACAAAAUAUUCCAAUUUAAUAAAACGGUUUUAUAAGGAUAAGGAAGGAAAUAUUCGAGAUGCUAAAGUGGAUAAUAAUAUUGUUUUGGAGCCUGAUAAACUUUUUAACUUAAUUCUAACUGCACAUCUAAAAAAUGGCCAUCUGAAAACAGCUGUUUUGUUUCAAUGUCUGAGAGAGGUAUAUGCAAACUGUACAAGAGAUUUUGUACAAACAGCAUUAUUUUAUUGUAAUCGCUGUAAUCCGGAUAGGUACAUUAAACCAAUAGAAAAGGUACGGCAUAGAAAUAUCAAUGAAGAGUUACUACCCUUAGAAAGAGUACACAUAGAAGUGUUUGCUCCGUUUGAGAAAGAAGAAGGAGAUAUAAAGCAAGAGGAUAGUCAAAAUCCAUACAUAAAGAUUGAAGGAAAAUAUUCUCAUGUAUUUUAUUGUAGGGAUUUUAGGACUAGAUAUGUCUGGUGUUUCCCGCUUAAGAAUAUGAAAUUUAAAACAUUAGUUGACAACAUUGCUACUUUUUUUAUGACGGUGUUGUAUGAUCCACCUAUAUUUGUUGAGUCCUCAACUAUUGACAGGGAUGAUUUAAAGGAGAUAUUUGAACUGCUGGCCUCGAAAUACGGACUAAAACUUGGGCUGGGAUUUGCCAACUUUACCAAGUUUCAUGCUCAAGGCAUAAAGAGAUUCAAGACACAUUUGCACCGGGCAAAAUCCGAAUGUGCCGAUGAUUGGCUCAUGUGUUUAAAACAAGGCACUUACUCUGCCAAUCGUGUAAUAGAAAGACAACUAGGUAAAGCUAGUAAUAUCUUAUUCACAGAACUAAUGGGCCAAUUCGAGAGGGAUAUGAGGAAAAAGAAACUAAAAUACAUCGAGCAAUCCUUCUCCGAAAAUAUUAAGACAUAUCCUAAAUCAGGAGGUUGUAUAUUUAUUGAACAUGUUCAGGACUACGAGAAGACAAUGGAAUCAAUCGAUCGUACAGGUACUUAUAAGAGCGGGAGAAAGGCUGAUCAAUUGCCAGCAGAAGACACACCAACUAGCCACGAACCAGUGGCCAAUACUACAGCAAUUAAUAACAGAUCAACUAAAGCAAACAAACUAAAUGGUCCGAACUUGAGGAAAAGGACUAAAGAGAUCACUGAGAUACCAAUGAGUGACAGUGACGAUGACGAACCAAAAUCAAAACGAAAAACAAGAUCAAGGACAAGGACCAGAAGAUAA